GUUUGAGAAAUAACGUCGCGGUUGAUGAAGAUGGGAACAGCAUUGGUAUAUGAUGAGGAGAUGACCAAAUAUAAAUUGCUCUGGGUUGAGUAAGUAACUGUUGAAUGAAUCACACUUAAUGUACUGUGUUUUAUGGUAUAUUUGAAUUGCCACGACUGCGUCUUAACGCUAACCUUUGCGCACGUUUCACCUGUUUUCAUUCAUCUAUGCUCAUCGCGUUGGUAGCAUGGGUGUACAAAGAGUAACAAGUAACGCUGAACUGUAGUUAGACUCGUUGCCUCGGUUAACGUUAUCCUUAUCUGAUUCGUGUCUUUUAAAUAAUGGUAGGAACUGAAGUUGCGGUUAGUCGUGUUGCUGCUGGCCCGGGGGACAGUUAACGAGGAGCACCAGCAGCGUUAGCUUCAAAGCUAACAGCUGUGGUCAUACAACGUUAUCCUCUAAUCACUGAGUUUAUUUCCUCACAAAUGAAAAGCGUAAAGUUAUCACAUGUACUCGUUACGUCUUUGUUUUGUCGAUACUAUCGGUUUCAUGCAGUGUAGUUGUUACUUUGCACUCUUUUCAGCACUUCAUUUACUGUUUCAUGGCUAAUGGGCUAGCUCUAACAGCUGUCUGACGCUGUUUGUAGAGUUGGUGUAUUGCAGUACACGUUUAUACGGUUUAACAUAAUCUCACAUAUUUAGAAACAACUCUUCUGUUUGUAUUUUGUACCAUAUGGUUAGUGUGUACACUCAUACACCAAACAAGCACAACCCCAAAAACACUAAACUUCUCCACCAAGAUCAUCACUGUAGACCACAAGAGCCCUGUAUGUAAGAUUGAGGUACCUGAGCGCCUGACAGUGAGUCAUGAAGCUUUGGUUAAGGCUGGUCUUGCUGAUCGAUGCGUCGCCGUACCUGUGCGCGAGGCGACCGACGCAGACAUCCUGCUGGUUCACAGUGAGGAGUACUUGGAGGCAGUGAAGAAGACCCCCUAUAUGACUCUGGAGGACCUGAAGGAGUUCACCCUGCAGUAUGGGGACGUCUACUUCCACCCAAACAUCUAUCACUGUGCCAAGCUGGCUGCAGGCGCCGCACUGCAACUAGUGGACAGUGUUGUGACGGGGAAGGUGAGGAACGGCAUGGCUCUGGUCAGACCACCAGGACACCACAGUAUGCGCAGUGCUGCCAAUGGGUUCUGUGUGUUCAACAAUGUGGCCAUAGCGGCUCAAUAUGCCAAACAAAAAUAUGGGAUGAAAAGGGUGUUAAUAGUUGACUGGGAUGUACAUCAUGGUCAAGGGGUGCAGUCCUGUUUUGAAGAUGAUCCAAACGUGCUCUAUUUCUCAUGGCACCGCUACGAGCAUCAGCGAUUCUGGCCUCAACUUAGAGACUCAGACUACGACUGUGUUGGCAAAGAGAAAGGGGCGGGAUUCAAUAUCAAUGUACCAUGGAACAAAGUGGGAAUGAAGAACAGUGACUAUCUUUCAGUCUUCUGUCACGCCCUUCUGCCAAUCGCAUACGAGUUUAGCCCAGACCUGGUCCUGGUGUGUGCAGGCUUUGACUCAGCCAUCGGUGACCCAGAGGGUGAAAUGUGUGCCAGCCCCGACAUCUUUGCCCACCUCACUCACCUCCUGAUGAACCUGGCAGGAGGGAAAGUGUGUGCUGUGCUGGAGGGAGGAUACAACUUGACUUCCCUCCAUCAGUCUGUGUGUCAGACAGUUCAAACUUUGCUUGGAGACCCGGCGCCGCGACCUGCGGACCUCGAUGGUCCGUGUACAAGUACACUUGAGUCCCUUCACUGUGUCCGAUCAGCUCACAGGCAGUACUGGUCCUGCCUCAAACAUGCAGCUGAGCUGCCCACCUCUGAAAUCAGCACAAAGUGCAUUCAAUUAGCAGAAGAAGAAGAAAAGCAGAAGGAAGAAGAGGAGAAAAGCACAGAGAAAGAGGCGUGGCCAGAGCCUCUGAAACGUGUCACUCCUCCAGUUCGCACUGCUGUAGUCCUCCCUGACGGUGUGGCUUGCCCAGACGGAUGUGAACGCUUCAGCCCAUCAGAGGACCCGGUCAUACUCAACAAAGUCAGGGAGAAUUUCCUCAAAGGUUCAGAUGACAGCGACGCUCUCACAUCCCUCUCCAGUCUUACUGCCCUUGUAGAGAAAAUGGAGAAGAAUGAGAUCUGCAAUGGCUUGGCGCUGGUCCGUGACGUCUCCACGGCGAGGAUGUGUGUUGUCCAGCAUGCUGCAACUGCUCACCGCAACCGGGUUCUGAUCGUGUGUGUUGGAGACGCGGUGGUCCCGAGUCCAGGCACAGACGAUGGGAAAACACUCCUGGUGCAGUUCAGCAACAAGGAGUCAGAGGAACAGAAAGGCAAAUUUCACAUUCCUGUGUGUCUGAAGGAGGGCUGCAGGGAUGUGUCAGGGUUCACACUAGCUGUGUUGGGCCUCCUCCUGCCUCUGGGAUACGAGUAUGACCCCAGUCUGGUUCUGUUGGUUCGGACUCCGGGUAGCGGGCUGUGUGACGCUGCGUGGCAACAGCUAACGGGCCUGCUGCAGGGCCUCGCACAAGGACACACACUGGUGCUCAUGCAGGAAGGUGAGAAGGCAUGUGUCGGCCCCACGGCAUCCUCUCUCCUCGGGGUCGCCGCCCCCUCUCUGGGGAAGCUUCCUGCUCCUCUGCCGGAGGACGUGGAAGCGCUGGAGAGACUGAGACACAGACUGCAGGCGGACUGGAAGCUACUGCAGACUACAGCACCAGAAACUGCAGGAGGUGAAGAGAAGUGAAGCCGAUCCUGUUCCUUUUUUUUUUUUUAUUCAGAAAUCAGUUGAAGCACAUCAAUCAAAUGUCUUGAUAGAAUUUUGUAUUUUUUGAUAAAUAAAGUGUAUUUCUUAAAAGACAUGUUUGGAAUUAAUACAAAUCUUGUGAACCCCACGAUUGAUGGGCUUUACAGAGCUUUUGAUGCAUGGAUUAUCAAAUUAAAUGUCUUAAUCUGUUAUGAUUUAACAAAAAUGAUUUGUAAUCUGUAAUGUCUAAACUGGACAAAUACAGGCCUGUGCUAUGAAUUAUGAUUUUUUUUUUUUCACCCCAUCGAUAAAUCAAACUCUUAUUUCUGUGUGAGUUUAACCCAAAUCUAUGUUGUCAAAAGUUAAUAUUUUACCAUGUGUUUGUUGUUACCCCAUGAUGUUUACUGUGGGCACAUUUGUGACAGCGAAGCAAACUUGGCCUCAAAUGUUUAUACAUACAUACCAAGUAAUACAUCUGAAAUAACUUUUCUUACAAACAUCUUAAUCUGUGGUUUGCAUCCAACAAGGUGCGAGUAUGUUUGCAAAAUGAAAAUGAUUUUGGGUGAAUGUUCAUUCUCUGUGAACAGAAGAGAAUCUAGUAAUUACAUUUAAUCAAGUUCUGCACUUGAGUAUAAUACUGAAGUUUGUACGUAACUUCAGUAUUUCCUUUUAAUGCUACUUUGUCCUUCGACUCCGCUACAUUUCAGGGGGAACUCUUUAUAAAUGUAGUUUCACUGUAAACAAAAUGAACGCAAUAAAAGUGAACUUCUCGACCAA